AUGAAAAGACAAUUUCAAGAUGUCUCCUCGGCUAAUACUGUUGAUACCACACUGAAAAAAGUGAAAGAAAAUCCACAUGAUGAUGCGUAUUCACUUCUUGAUCAAUUAUCGGAAGAAUGCAUUGAAUCAGUGUUGGUGUUUUUAGGAGUUUUGAAGAAGGUAUUCCAUGACAAGAUUAAAAUGGAAAAUGAUGAAGACAAUGAUGAUGAUGAUGAUUAUACUGGGUUAAUUGUAAAGGGAAUUGAUAGAAAUCAAUUUGCGAAACAUGCAGUGGUUAACUGGCAACAAUUGAGGAAUAUUAGUUUAGUUUCAAAGAACUUAUUCUCUAAAUGUGCUCCUUUCAUGUUUGAGCACGAGACUAGGCAAGUUACAAACCAAGUAUUUGAUAACAUUUUUUCAAACCUAUUGAAGCUCAGUUGA